UCCCUGCUACCCACCAUCUAUAUAUUUCGCCGUUCCUCCUCCUUACCCCAACUCAUCGUUCUUCUUUUCCCGCUCCCUUUUUGUCUGUCUUCGAUAUGGCGGGAUUCCGUAAAACCCUAGCUCAUCGAUUGUGGCAGAUCACCAGGGUCGGUUCCCCCGCCACCUCCUCCUCCGCCUCUCGGGCCGGCAGCCACCUCCUCUACUCUGGCUCCCGCGACGAGCACGGGCUCCUCCGGCGCUUCCUCUCCUCCUUCGUCCAGAAGCGGCCCAUUUUCCACCCCGCCCUGCCGCCCGACCGCCACGCGCUCCCCCUCGGUGACCGGCUGCUCGAGCGGAUCUGCGGCCUCAGCCCGGACCGGAUCCGCCUCGACCUGCUCCUUCCGCCGUCGGCACCGAUCCCCGCGGCGGCGGAGCAGGAGGAAGAGGAAGAGGAGGAGAAGCGCCCGCCGGUGGCGAGGGUGGAUGCUGCGAGGGCGAGGCUGAGGGCUACGGGGAAGAGCUGCGUCUCCCACGCGGAGUUCGUCCGGAUCUGCUGCGAGGCGUCGGGCGGCGACCGGGGCGUGGAGGUCGCCAGAUCGCUGGAUGAAUCUGGAGCCGUGGUCGUGUGGGGCGAUGUGGUCUUUCUGCGGCCGGAAGAGGUGGCCAAAGCGAUCGAGACCGUCAUCGCGCCAUCACUGGCCCGCUGGAGCGACGCGGAGAGAGAAGAGCUCAGGGAGAUGGAGGCGACGAAGGCGGAGAUCGAUCGGAGCGCGGUGGCGCACGUGAGACGGGAGCUCUGUUGCGGGCUGGGGCUGUUGGCGGCGCAGACGGCGGCGUUCAUGCGGUUGACCUUCUGGGAGCUCUCCUGGGACGUCAUGGAGCCGAUCUGCUUCUACAUCACCUCCAUCUACUUCAUGGCCGGCUACGCCUUCUUCCUGAGGACCUCCAGGGAGCCCUCCUUCGAGGGCUUCUUCGCCACACGCUUCGCCGCCCGGCAGAAACGCCUGAUGAAGGCCAGGAACUUCGACAUCCAUCGCUUCGACGAGCUCAGGCGAGCUUCCCCACCUCCUCACCGACAGCUCACACCCCCUUCUUACAAUGCGAGGGCAAAAACUGUGUCCUAAUUCGAAGGAGAGAAGCCAAUUUGUAAGACUUAGGACUUCAUCAGAACCUUGAAACGAAGAAGAGGAAUACAGAUGGCGGGUUAUGGGAGAGCCCAGUGAUGGAAAUGAUCACAAUGAACAGGAAAACAUAAUUCUCAUGCAGUCCACACACCAAGAAAAAAAAAAAAAGUACAGUGAAGAAUUAAUUUCUGGAAAGAAAAAUGUUGUUUUCUGGAUGA